UCUACUCUUUCAAAGGCUUUCUUGUCGUUUUCUCUGGACUACGCACAUGAGUGUCAAGAGGGCUGUAUCCCAUGUACUGCAUCUUCUUUAUUCCCUUUUGAAGUGUAGCUGAAUGUCACGUUUUUAACAUUGGCUGGAGUUGGCCACUGAGUGCUGAUUAACUCAGCACCGAUAAGGCGAUAAUCAUUCACGGCAUGCUUCCGUAAAGUAUAUGCUCUACAUCUUCUUUCAGUACAGUUUCUGCUCCUUCUCCAUAUAUCCUGGUUCAUCUGUUUGUGCAAUUACAAGAUGAGGUUUUGAAAUUUGUCCAUUCUCAGUAUUGCAGGUUUCUCUUUGAACCUCAAGUCUAACAAGUAAAAGUAGUUCCGUGUAUCAGUAAUGAAUGAACUCUUAUAUUGUUUCUCAUUUUCUUCUGGGACUAUUUAGCUUGUGUAGGUUAAUCAAUUAUGGUACUUUUGACUCAUCUGAACUUAGUAGAAAUUGUUCAAACUAUACAUAACCAGUCAGUGCAUUAUCAAUAUUGGUGACUAUGACAACUUUCCUCAGUCGAUUGUUUUUCAUAAUCGGUGAUUGUAGUGUGGCUCGGAAAAACCUGGUGCCUUCCGUGAAAGAGAAAGGAAAUAAACAGUCUUAUGGAGAAUCUAUGACAACAGGAAGGAGCAGGCAAUCAGCACUGAUUAUCCUGUUGCAAUCGCUUGAUGCUCUUUCAUUGCUGGAGAUGAAAAAGCUGGAGCUUGAAGAUUCAAAGGACUCUUAUAGCUCUGAGGCUGAGAGCGCUCUUCGUGGAUGCAUUUCUGCAUACAAGGAGUUUGUAACUGAGAAGUCACUAUAUGAUGCUCCUGGAGUAAAAGCUGAAUAUGUAUUGUGCUUGAAGCAUCUAGUUGAUCUAUUAACUGAUAACGAGACCUUGAGCAAAGAUCGAUCUAGCAAUGCUGUUUUACAAGAGUUGAAAGAUGAAAUCAAGCACGUAGAAGUUGACCUUGCGAAGAAAGGAGGGCGUAGAAGCUGAACUCUCUAUGAAAAGAACGCGGUGGAUUGCCAACGGGAUGGAUAAUUGUCCAUAGCAUAUGCAGUCAAGAUCAGUCCAGAGAGGAAAUGUAAAGUUGAUUAAACCAGUAACACACAUGGAUAUACAGUAUUUUAUAUGUAGAGAAAAGAAAGAGAUGAGCAUCCAGCCCCGAACUAUGACCAAAGUUGCUACGACACACUUCAACUUUAAAGGGAUCCUAUUACUCCGAACUUAAUUUUAGCAUAUUUUUAUCACCCUUUUGUGCUGAUAUGACACCUUUAUUACAUGAAAUGGGGCCCACGUCAGCUAAAAAGAUUGACAAAAAUACGCUAAAAUUUAGUUCAGGUGGUUAGAACCCCGUGAAGUUGGAGUAUAUCGUAGCAAAUUUCGUUAUAGUUCAGGUGGUAGUAGAACCCCGUGAAGUUGAAGUAUGUCGUAACAAAUUUAGUUAUAGUUCAGGAGUACCAAAUGCUUUACUCUAAAAGAAAAAUAAAAAGUUGGGGUUCUGUUAUUUGACUGUAAAAAGGCUAAAAGAAUUAUACAGCCAAACAGAGUUAGUAUUUGUGACUUUCUAAAGAACAUGCUCUAAUUUU